AUGUGGUUGAGCCUAACCGCGACGUUUCUGUGGAAUUUCACAGAUCUCUUCAUCAUGCUGGUCAGCUCAGCACUGGCGGCUCAGUUUAAGAAGCUAACAAAAUCCAUGCAUAGCGUCAGAGGUCAAAUGCUGACAAUGUCGCAGUGGCGGGAAUAYCGAGAGACAUACACGUCCUUAACUCAUCUGGUCAAGAAAAUUGACGAUCACAUCAACGUCAUAGUGGCGUUGUCAAUAGGCAGCAACAUUUAUUUCAUUUGCGCUCAGCUCAUUACGGAAAUCGAUUCAAUCAAGCACAGCUACUUCAGAACGCUGUUCUACAUGUACUCGUUCAUAUUUUUGGUGUUUCGGACCACAGCAGUYGUGAUGCAAGCAUCCGCUAUAAACGACGAGAGCAAAAAAAUUGUACCGGAAAUUUUCAUGUGUCCGACGCAUAGUUAUAGUAUAGAAGUAUGA